AUGUUCCAAGUUCGCCAUGCCGGCGUCAAAGGGUUCGGCAUCUUCGCAUCCCGCCAGAUAGCACCUGGAAGUCGCAUCUUGGCGGAGCGCCCUCUCCUUCUCAUUAACAACAACAAACCAGACAUCCUCGCUGCUGCGCGAAGGCUCUCUCUAAAGGACCAUAAGACCCUGCUCCGCCUCUCCCUAAACGAGACCAAGCGCUCCUCCAUCGCGAGCCUCCUCGUUGCGGCAUGGAAGUCUUUCCCCGCCAUCAUGGCCACCAGAGAGGUCCGUGACAUCUUGAACAUCUUCUACAACAACAACUUUGCCCUCUCGGACGCGGAUGGCACACGGGCUGUAUUUCCGACCGUGGCGCGCAUAAACCACUCGUGCGUACCCAAUGCCCAGGGAAACUUCAACGCCAAUCUGCAGAGCUUCACCGUCCAUGCCCUAAGGGAUAUUGGCAAUGAAGAAGAAAUCACCAUCUCGUACUUACACGACGAGCUGGCGUUGCGUCAGGGACGGCAGGCUAGCUUAUCAGAGGGGUACGGCUUCACGUGCGCGUGCGAGCUCUGCGCGGGAAGUGCCCAGCGAAGGGGCGAGAGCCGGAAGAGGCGCGUGGGCUUGCAUGAGAAAUUGGCCGUCUUUUCUGCGGAGAACAAGUCCGUUCCGGUGGAGAAGCUGGAAAUGGCAACCCGGGAGCUGAGGCUGAUGAGGGAGAUUAUUGAGGCGUAUGAAGGGGAGGGUCUCGCGGGAAGGGAGAUCGCGUCGCUGUACUCGGCGGCGGCGGGGCUGGCGGUUGCGUUGGGCGAUCAUGGUCUGGCGCUCACAUUGGGGGCUAGGGGGUUGGAGAGGGAGAGGGAUGCGGUUGGCACGGAUAGUCCGUUUUAUGAGGCUAGUCGGUUGGGGUUUAGUCGCUUGGAAUUUGGGGAGGGGGUUGGACUUGGAAAGAGGCUGCAUGAGGUGCGGGACGAGGUGCUGUCUUAUGCUCCUUGGACCUGA